ACCCUCGAUCUUAUGAUCUUCUCCAUGCCGAUCAUCUCUUCUCCAAGAUAAAGAUAAAGUGUAGCUUGAUGGGGUUGGUCGCGGAGGUGGAUCGGAUAUUAAGACCGGAAGGGAAGAUCAUAGUGCGCGACCGCGUCGACAUAAUUAGUGAACUGGAAAACAUUUUCAAGUCGAUGCAUUAUGAGGUUAGGAUGACAUAUUCCAAGGACAAAGAAGGUUUGCUGUGUGUGCAGAAGACAAUGUGGCGCCCCGAGGGUUACGAGACACUUGUUUACGCCAUUGCUUAAUAGCAUGUUCAUCAUCGAACGUCGUUAUUCAUUUCUUUUCUGCGAGGUGUAUCUUCAUCUGCUAGCAAUAUCUAGGGCGCUUUUGAUUCAUUGGGUUGUUUAGGUUUGGUGUCACGAUUUUGUUCUUUCUGUUUGUAACAUCAUUUUACUUUUAUACGAGUGUCAAAUACUGUUCAGG